CCUUUACAGUGAGCUUGCGUGUCCUGGAGCCAGCUCCCCCCAAAGCACAUGCCAUUUCUGGCCCUGGAAGGGGUUAAAGGCCUCCUGGAGUCAAAAACAAGCAGGUGUCCCACCGUGCCAGAUACGCCGCCUAAACUGCUUCCAGCUUUUUUUUUCCCCCUUCUGCAACAAGUCUGUGAUCGGCCACGGGACAGAGGAGCCAGCAGCCUGCCUGUGACAGGCAUCAGGUUAGCCCGCUCCCACUCGGGUGGCGUGCCCAGGAUAUAAAUCCAGGCCGGGCCCCUGCUGCGGCCCCUCUCCCCGCGCACAGGAGAGGGAGUUCCUCGCAGAGACCUUUCUUUUAUCUGAAGCCGCACGGCCCAGCGGGCUCCACUGACUUGGUGGAGGCUGCCGAGGCAGCUUUAGCAGUCUUAGCAGCAGCGAGGAAGCCUGCCGGGGUAGGGGGAGAGGGCAGGUGUCCGCAGCCCCCAAGAAGGAGAAGGCCCAGCUGGGGCCCCAGCCCCUCGUUGCAGGGGAGGCCACUGCCUUCGCAGACCGCACCAUGUGGGGCCUGGGAUGUCACCGGUUCUGGUCCCGCUGGGGACGGGUGGUUGCACUGCUGCUGCUGCUCCGGGUGCCCCUGAGAGGCCUGGCACUGCCACCCAUCCGCUAUUCCCAUGCUGGCAUCUGCCCCAAUGACAUGAACCCCAACCUCUGGGUGGAUGCCCAGAGCACCUGCAAGCGGGAGUGUGAGACGGACCAGGAGUGUGAGACCUAUGAGAAGUGCUGCCCCAAUGUGUGCGGGACCAGGAGCUGUGUGGCAGCCCGAUACAUGGACGUGAGAGGGAAGAAAGGCCCGGUGGGCAUGCCCAAGGAGGCCACGUGCGACCACUUCAUGUGUCUGCAGCAGGGAUCCGAGUGUGACAUCUGGGAUGGCCAGCCCGUGUGUAAGUGCAAAGAUCGCUGUGAGAAGGAGCCCAGUUUCACCUGCGCCUCGGACGGCCUCACCUACUAUAACCGCUGCUACAUGGACGCUGAGGCCUGUUCCAAGGGCAUCACACUGGCCGUUGUCACUUGCCGCUACCACUUCACCUGGCCCAACACUAGUCCCCCACCACCUGAGACCACCGUGCGUCCUACCACGGCCUCCCCAGAAACCCCUGUACUGGACCUGGCGGCCCCAGCCCUGCUCAACCACCCUGUGCACCAGUCGGUCACCAUGGGCGAGACAGUGAGCUUCCUCUGUGACGUGGUGGGCCGGCCCCGGCCUGAGAUCACCUGGGAGAAGCAGCUGGAGGAUCGGGAGAACGUGGUCAUGCGGCCCAACCACGUGCGCGGCAACGUGGUGGUCACCAACAUUGCCCAGCUGGUCAUCUAUAAUGCCCAGCCCCAGGAUGCUGGAAUCUAUACGUGCACGGCCUGGAAUGCUGCCGGGGUCCUGCGGGCUGACUUCCCACUGUCAGUGGUCAGGGGUGGCCACGUGGCUGCCACGGCAGAGAGCAGCCCCAAUGGUACGGCUUUCCCCCCGGCCGAGUGUCUGAAGCCCCCUGACAGCGAGGACUGUGGCGAGGAGCAGACCCGCUGGCACUUCGAUGCCCAGGCCAACAACUGCCUCACCUUUACCUUUGGCCACUGCCACCGCAACCGCAACCACUUUGAGACCUACGAGGCCUGCAUGCUGGCCUGCAUGAGCGGGCCGCUGGCCGUGUGCAGCCUGCCGGCCCUGCAGGGCCCCUGCAAGGCCUAUGCCCCUCGCUGGGCCUACAACAGCCAGACAGGCCAGUGCCAGUCCUUUGUCUACGGGGGCUGCGAGGGCAAUGGCAACAACUUUGAGAGCCGCGAGGCCUGUGAGGAGUCCUGCCCUUUCCCCCGCGGGAACCAGCGCUGCCGGGCCUGCAAGCCAAGGCAGAAGCUUGUGACCAGCUUCUGUAGGAGUGACUUUGUCAUCUUGGGCCGGGUCUCUGAGGUGACCGAGGAGCCGGACUCAGGACGUGCCCUGGUGACCGUGGACGAGGUCCUAAAGGAUGAGAAGAUGGGCCUCAAGUUCCUGGGCCGGGAGCCGCUGGAGGUCACUCUUCUCCACGUGGACUGGACAUGCCCCUGCCCCAAUGUGACGGUGGGUGAGACGCCGCUCAUCAUCAUGGGCGAGGUGGACGGCGGCAUGGCCAUGCUGCGGCCUGACAGCUUCGUGGGAGCCUCAAGCACCCGGCGGGUUAGGAAGCUGCGGGAAGUCAUGCACAAGAAGACCUGUGACGUCCUCAAGGAGUUUCUGGGCGUACACUGAGACCUCUGUCCCGCUCCGCUCCCCACCCCUCUUCCACCUACCCACCCCUAAUGUCCUCAGUCCGCAAACUGGGCAAGGUCAGGUUAGACAGUCUUAGGCCAGCAGGGUGACGUCAACCGAUGCAUCAGAAAACAUCAACAGAAGGUCCCAGAUCCGCUUCUAGUCUUUGGGUUCAAUAAGAAACAAUAAGACACCCGCAAGUUAUCCCUGUGGUCAGGUCUGUGUGGGCAUCAUUAUCCUUUUUGCUGGCCACACCCCUCCCUUGGCUCUCCAGUCCACCCUACCCCCGCCAGGGUGGUAAACACAGUGACUGCCUGGUAGUCACAGGAAUCAGACAUGGAGUGAAUUGGUUUGCUGACGGGGUGGGUGGAGAGGAAGGGAGGACCCCUAGAUCACCAAGAGCUGACAUCAUCUCAUGUUAGGGGUGUAGGAAGUGGGAGCAGGAUGCAUGGUCCAGCCCAGUACACAACUGGCCCUGAGUGGAGGCUGCUGGGAAGGCACCUUUGGGUGGAGGUCAGCUGGUGCUUUGGUCAUGUCGGUCCAGCAGUUUGGCACCAGCACAAAGCGUGUUUCUUCUCCUUGGCUUUAUGGAUUGGUUUACUGAUUCCAUUACCAUAGCACAGAGAGAUGUUAGCCACUGCCCAGCUUACAGUAACGGAAGGCACUAUGUCCAGAAGCAGAACACGGCUGGCCCUCCCAGAGCUGUCAGGUCGUCCCAUUUUAUCUGCCACUGGCUUCCUUGGAGAUCAAGCAGAUAGAAGCCCCAGGAUCUGAUUUAGGAAGGGAAAUAAAGGGAGCCAAAAAACAGGCAGUGAAGGGGGUUGGUGAAGGACAAGAAAGGCGGGAGAAGGGGAGGCUGCUUGGGAAGGAAAAGAAUGUUGCUCGAUGCUCCCAUCUGGUGGUGGCCUUGGGAGCCGCAGGGACCUGGAGGGAAGGUCCAGGUGAGGCCUGGGAGGGCGGGUUUGGGAACAUGGCAGGUUGUUGUUGACUUUUUGUUCCUGGACUUUUUGUGCCGGUCAAGCCACCCUACUGCUAGAUAAAGGAUUUGGGAACCCACCAUCAGCUCUACAUUUGUCCCCCUGGGUCCCUCAGUCCUUCAUUCUGUCCAUGCCCCUCCAAAGGUGAAGGUCAUAGGGGUGUCCUUGUUUCUUCUUCCUUAAAUGCAGGGAAGAAGAUACCAAUUAAAAGCUCAUAGUAUCA